AUGACUUUAUUUAAAUCCAAACUAACUUGCACACAUCAUAAUGUGGUUCUUUGGUUAUUCUCACUUGCAGGUUCACCUGCACGAACUGUUGGCUGGCGUGACCCUGGUUUCAUACAUACAAGUUUUCUAAAAAACCUUUGGCCAAACUUAGUGUAUACCUAUCGAUUAGGGCAUCUACUGUCUAACGGUUCUUAUAUUUGGAGCAAGAAAUAUUCAUUUAAGUCAUCACCUUAUCCUGGACAGGACUCACUGCAACGUGUUAUCAUAUUUGGUGACAUGGGAAAGGCCGAGCGUGAUGGUUCAAAUGAGUAUAAUGCCUAUCAACCUGGUUCGCUUAACACCACUGACCAGCUCAUCAAGGAUUUAGAAAAUAUUGACAUUGUUUUCCACAUAGGAGAUAUAACUUAUGCAAACGGAUACAUCUCGCAGUGGGACCAAUUCACUGCUCAAGUGGAGCCAAUUGCAUCAACAGUACCUUACAUGAUUGCCAGUGGUAAUCACGAACGUGAUUGGCCCAACACAGGAUCCUUUUAUGACACUACAGAUUCAGGUGGCGAAUGUGGAGUUUUGGCCCAGAACAUGUUUUUUGUUCCAGCAGACAACAGAGCAAACUUUUGGUACGCGACGGAUUAUGGCAUGUUUCACUUUUGCAUAGCUGACAGUGAACAUGAUUGGAGAGAAGGAACAGAACAAUACAAAUUCAUUGAGCAUUGCCUUGCAACAGUAGACAGACAAAAACAACCCUGGUUGAUUUUUGUGGCUCAUCGUGUGCUUGGAUAUUCUUCUAAUACUUGGUAUGCCAUGGAGGGCUCAUUUGAAGAACCCAUGGGAAGGGAAAGUUUGCAGAAACUCUGGCAGAAAUAUAAAGUAGAUAUUGCAUUUUAUGGUCAUGUCCAUAACUACGAAAGGACAUGCCCCAUAUAUCAGGUAAAGAUAAUAGCCUAAUAUGUCAUGACUUUAUUUAAAUCCAAACUAACUUGCACAGUUGAAAAGUUAAUGAUUUGUUACUUUCAU